AUGGGAAGAAAAGAGAAGAUAGCUCGGUCAUUGGUCACCGCGAUCACAAAGACAACGCAAACGGCCAAGCGGCCCCGGAGCCUUCUUGCCCUCAUCCUCAGCUUGUUUUCGGCCUUCUUUUCACUCUAUCAGCUCACUCUCCGGAAGAUUCGCCCCGCCGAAUUUUCUCGACUUCGUAGGGAACAUUGGGAGGUCAACGACGAUGACUACACACAGUCCUUCCAGCCCGACGAUGAUGAGGACGAAGAGAAACCUCUGAAGGCGAUAGGGGAUAUGGGUUUCUCCGGCUCGGUAUCUAACCUUAUGUUUAAUUAUACCUUCUACACGACCCGAGAUCACAAAUACCUCGUCAAGUCGGUACCCCGGCACUCAGAGCAUUCAUUCUUUCGAGACAACCUCCUGACUCCGUAUGUCCACCACAUGGCCCACCACCCAAACUCCCUUCUAGUCCGCAUCUGCGACUUUCUCGCCGUUACCGGACCAUCCAUAGGGCGCUUAUUUCGCCUCGCGCCAUCGCACCACAUCGUCAUGGAAAAUAUCAUGUACGGGAAGGAAGACUCAAGCAAAUGGAAUAAGAACGACUGGCAAAACUGGGACUUGAAACCGACGUCGUACUUCUACCCGGAAAGGGAUAUCGCGAAUGGAGCCCUCACAAGCGACGCAACGAAAGACCAACUCGCAGAUAAGUUCAAGGAUAAGAUUGUUCUCCGACGCAGUCAGGCGGACGAUCUCUUGGUUAUGCUGGAGGAAGAUACUAAGCUACUCGCCGAGCAUAACGCGGUCGAUUACUCGCUAUUCCUUGUGCGCAUAAAACGACCGGGCAGUACCUCGUCCGAGUCUCAGGACCUAACCGCCGUCCCGGUCGAUCCACCUUCGGCCCCCCCUGGCCCGCCUACUUGGAGAACGGGAAUACCCUCCGCGGAUGGGAAAUAUCUAUUUCGGGCAUCCAUCCUCGAUUUCUUUUGGGCCAAGCACAAAGCGCAGCCACAAGCCAUGACGAUGUUGAUCAGUCUCUGGAACUUGUUAAUAAGCAGGCAAGGACAUAUGAGUAUCACCACCACGCCAGACGAGUACCGCGAGAGAUUUCUCAAGAUGUGCAGGGAGAUUGUGGAGGUUAAGGAGGAUUGA